AUGGGUCCCAGAUAUACAAUCGAGGAACUAAUCCUCAUAAAAAACUCCCCAUUAGUCGAGAAACCACCCUCGUUACCUCCAUUAGAAGAAUGGAUGGGUUCGCCUCUACCAACACGGCCUACGCCGGCACCGAGAAAGCCCGGCGAAGAGCUUGGCAUAGAUGAUAAGGAUAGUCGCAGGACCGGGUUUGGCCACACAUCUCGAGGAUCAGAUGACUUGAUUUCAGGAACUAGCUCAUCGAAACCAACAUUCACGUCUACGCACUCACGUAAGCCCUUCGGAAACGACCACGAUGCAUUCUCAUCGUCGACGUCUGAUAGCAAUACCCGCUUCUCUCACUUCACUUCUUCAAACCGUGAUGACGAUGAUAAGAACACUUCGACCACCCCACGCAUCGAUAGAUUCUCUUUUAACAAAUUUGGACUGCAGAGGGAUACCAAUACCACGCAUCGUAACGACAGGAACGACCGUGGAUUUGGAAGAACCGGCGAUGACACUCGCCGCGACAGGGAUGAUAAUAAUAAGCUUGGCACUACCACCCGCCCCAGAUUUGGUGCUAAAGACGGCGACGAGGGUGGUUGGAAUACCGUGACGAGACCUCGAAAAUCAUUCGGCCAUAAUGACGACGGAGAUAAAUUCAGGCGAGAGCAUGGAAGAAUUAGCGACAAUAACAACAACAAAGACCGGGACAAUAAGGACCGAACAAACAGAUAUGAGCCAUUUUCGAAAGAUAGGACCGAUCGUGAUCGCGAUCGUGACGGUGAAAGGACUAACGUCACUAGCUGGAAGGAUCGGGAUCAUAAUAAACGACAGGGCGGGAAAGCACGGGAGGAGGGAAGUUGGUUCUUAACUGAUGAAGAGCGCGCGAUCAGAAAUGCGAUCAAAGAAAAAGAGUUCCGCGAACAACGUGAACGCAAUCGAGAUUUUGGCAAUGGAGGCCCCAGACAUGACCGAGACCACGACCAGGAGCAUCGGCCGCGAGGUAAUCGUGAGACGUUUGGAGACUCGAAGAAUUUUGGCCGAGGUUUCGAGAGACAAGAAAAGGAGCCCGAAUGGAUGGAUGCUACACCUGGGGAUGAUGGAAAAGAGUUUAAGGCCCAUUCGACUGAAGAAUUUCAGCGUUGGAAAGCAGCUAUGAAAGCGAAGAAUCAACCUCAGCCCGCACGACAACAAUCUCAGCCAGUUGAGGAGAAACCUGCGGCAAAGGAACAGAAGGAUGAGGAGAUCGUAUUCAAGUCCAAGGCCGAGAAACGAGCUACAGCUUUAGAAGAGGCACAAGCAGAGCCUGUUGAAGAGCCGCCUACACCUUCGGUUGCAGAGAAUGGAGUCGAUAGGUUUUGGGGGUGGAAUACCUCGUCGACUAGCCUUGCGUCUAAAACCGCUAGCGAUGGUGGCGCAAAGUUGCCCGCUGUACCUCCUGGGGAGAAAACACCCGCUGUUGAACGAUCUUCCAGAUUCCGCAAUUUCUUCAAUGCGCCGACUCAAGAGGCCGCCGAACUUCCGGCUACUCCAGUUCAGAAUGGUAGUCAAGAGCAACUUAUGCAACUUCAGGCCCAGCAAGUACAGCAGAUCCAUCAGCAGCACCAGACUUUGCAGAAGCAGAUUGGGCAAGCUCAACAGGCCCAACAAGCUCAACUACCACAACAGCAACAGCAACAAUUACAACAACAAUUACAGCAGCAGUUACAGCAGCAGUUACAGCAACAGCAGCAGCAGCAGCAACAACAACAGCAGCAGCAGCAGUUACAACAGAACAUCUCCCAAUACCAGCAAUAUCAAAACCAACUGUUACAGCACUCGAACCAGUCUCAGAUGAGCCAGGCUUCCGCUCUUCAACAACAGCAGCAAGCCGCAAAGGACAAGCAACUCGAGGCGACCUCGAAGGAGGACCGAGAGGGAUUCAACAAUAUCCUGCAAAUGCUGGGACGGGCUCGUCUAUCGUCGCCCCCUAAUGCCGAGGCACAGAAUGCCUUUUUGUCGAUUUUGGGAGCACCUUCACAACAGGGCACACCGGUCUCUCAUACUCACCCGACUCCUCCUGCUAGUCAUCCGUCGAACAAUCUUCCUGGGCCGCCACCACAACAGCCACAGCCCCAUAGCAACGUGAAUAGACUCCCGAGUGCUCUGCAGUCUGCCCAAACCGGGUCGGGUAAUGGGAAUGAAACUAUUCUAAAGCUCUUACGUCACUCGGAUAUGCCUACACCACAAGGACCGCCGCCGCCGCCGCCAUUCCUUCAGGACUACCACACCCCAAAUGGGCCUCCGGUUUCCAUUAGCCCUCCCGCGGUUCAACGCGGUAGCAAAAAUAGCGUCGCAGCUGCUUUGAAUGAUCCUGCAAUCAGGGCCAUUGGACGUCCAGGAGACGGUGGACCGCCCGGGCUCCCGAAAAACCUAUACCACGAGCCACCACAGCAUGUUCGAAGUCCCUCCCAGAUCCUCGAAGCCCACCAUCGGGGCUUUCCCGGAAUGGACAUCCGCCCUCCACCUGGCAUGGACCGGAACACUCCAUUAGAAGUUCAAAAGGCCAACUACCUGAAUGAGCAACCGCAGCGAGCAAUUGAUCCACGUCACCUUGAGCUUCUUCACAACGAGCAACGGCGUAGACUCAUUGAGCAACAAAUGCAGAUGAAUGCCGCGGGUGUUCAAGAUCUCCAACAUAGGAACUUCGCGCCAAACCCGCCUCCUAGGCUAGAGCAACGGGUUCCCCCUCAACCACAAGUACCACAGAAUACAGAUCAAGGUCCACCAAUGGGCAUGCCAGGUAUGGGAGGAGAUAAUGUACAAAUUCCCGGGAACUGGGCACCAGGACCGCAACAACAUCCAUCACAGCAAAACCAGUCUGGACCUGCCAGUAACACAAACCAGCAGCGCCCACCACCAGGCUUUUUCCAACGAGGACCCGGUGGGCCGCCUGUACCCGCAAAUGGCGGAAGUGUUAACGGUCCUGGCGGUCCUGGCCCAAUGCCACCACUGCCAUUCUAUGGACCUGGACCAGGAUUGGGUAGUAUGCCACCAUUGCCUUUUGGGCAACAUGGUAUGCCACCGCCGCCCAACAUGCCCAACAUGCCGAACAUGCCGAACAUGGCAACUUUCCCGUUCCCACCACCACCCGGACCCGGUGGACCACCCCCACCUAUGCCACCUCAAGGAUUCCCACCCUUUCCUUUUCACGAGGGUAUGAUGCCGUUUGGCGCUGGACCAGAUGGCUUGAGGAGUCCACAACACCAACAUCUGGGAGGUGCUCCUCCUGGAAUGUUCAGCGGAAGAUAA